AUGGAGGAGUGUCACACUGACAGUAAAAAGCUCAUUCAGUUAAAUAUGAUAGCAAGAUGGUGGAAUAAUGAAAUAGCAGAAGAGUUGAUCUAUAAUAAUAUGGUGGAAUAUUACAAAUUAACAAAAUGGAAAAUACGUAAGGUACAGAAAGUGUGUGUUAUACGUGUGUUCGUUGAAACGCGAUCGAUACUGUUAACAGCACACGUUCCUGGAUUUAAAAUCGUAAUCGCGUCCAACGUGCCGAUGAAACGCGGUCUUGGGAGUAGCUCCGCCUUGGUCGUGGCGUUGUACACGUUUCUCGAAGCGAUCACGAACACGUACACUGGCAACGUUCUCGAGAAAACACUGGCAUGCCAUUUGGCCGAGAAAAAAGCAGCGUACCCUUGCGAAGUCCGUCUCGGGGACAUUUUGACCUCUGUCGUAGGAUGUAACGACAAGAUUUUCACGUUCGACGCGAAGUCUCUCGACAUCGGAAUUUACGAUUGGCACUCGAUGGACGUUGACUUCGCCUUCAUCGAAUGCGGCAAAGAAACAUCGACGUCUUGUACGAGCGAAAACAAGAACGAAGUGUUGACUUUGUUCAACACAUCGUCGCGAUGGAGAACGCAUCCUCACGGCGAUUCGAUGAUUCAACUCCUCUUUUCCCAAGAAACGAUUGAAAUGAUCAACGAGAUCGUAGAUGAAGAUAAUAGAGUCGAACGAAUGAUCGAUAACAUUGUAUCGGAAGAUUGGAAAGAGCUGGGUACGACAUGCUAAAUAAUUCUUAGAUUGAUUGCAUAGUAUUAAUAUUGUAUAUUUGAUAUAAGCAAGUAUUUUACAUGGCUUGUUAAAAUAUUACAUGAAACGUAAAUAAUAUUUUAGGCUGUAUUUUAUAAUAUAUAUCUAUAUAUAUAAUAUAUCUUUUCUUAUAUAGUAGUAAGUUAUAUCUUCGAUUUUUAAUAUGUUUCCAAAGUUAUUUAGGUACGUUUCCCUCAAAAAUCACCUCGACUUGUUUUUGUACACUUGGGUGCAAUGUGCAGGCUUCUCUUGGUUAAAGAUAAGCGUGGGAGGAGUUUCCCCACCAGUCGGGCUUGGGAAAUCCCAGAGAAAACUUAGGGGAAUUACGAGUUUUAAGGAAAAUCCAAGAAACUUGGGAAAAAUUCAAGGAAAACACAGAGGGAUGUCAGGAAAAUUACAGGGAGGAAAUUCAGAAAAAUCUAAGUUCUGUAUAAAACUGAGAAUCUCCAGAACUUAGAAUCCUAAGAAAAUUUCAAAUAAUCAGAAAUGUCCCGAAAAGAACGGAGAUCCAAAACUACAAAAAAAUAAAUCUGGAAAAUGACCAAAUACUUCCACACUUAUGUUUAAUUAAGAGAAGCCCAGUUUUCCCCAAACUAUACAAUUUUCUCUUAUUGAAAUAUUAUAGGAAAGCUCAUGGGAGAAAACCCACGUUCCAUACGGAAAUACCCGGACAAUGUUGAACGUAUCAUAAACGGAUUGAAAAGUGUCGAGGGAGUUUUAGGAUUCGGUAUCAUCGACCGUGAUUACGGUGUAUCCAUAAUAACAUUGGUAAUUAAAACGAAACAAAAAUUACCGUACGCAUUUUUUUUAACUUAACAUUAAGAAAACAAAAAUAAACACUUGUACGUGUUAACGUGAAGUAAAACAUCAAUUGUCAUGUUACAAAAUCUGUCCUUUGAACAGGUGAGAAAGUCAAAAUUAAAAAGUUUCAUCUCCUUCUGGAAUCGUACAAAAAUGUCCCAACAACAAUGCUAUAUAAUGAAAUCGUAUACAGGAGCGUCCACGAUUUAUUCGUACGAACGUCGCUCCCUCCCGACAACUUGUAGAAAGUAUUGUCGAAAACUUUUAAGCAAAUAUUACUUGAAGAGUACAGAUGAAGAAUACGACGACAAAUUCAGAUUCACAAGAAUUGUACCGUUGUUCAUACCACAUACAUUGUAGUACAUUGGUUGAACUUCGAAUUGUGAAUACACCUUAGGAACCUUUGUAUACAAUUUCAUUUUCCUAGACUAAUUUAACACCAUUGUAUGUACGAUACUUUACAAACGAGUACAAUAAAAAAGAACGAAAAAAAAAAAA